CGAUCCGGCAUCCCCAACACGAGUGGGAGCUGGCUCUCGCAAGUGAAGUGGGUGGCGGCCGAUAUUUUCAAUAGUAGCGCGUGGAGCAAAGAAUUGGAAGGCGCUACGGGCGUCGUCUCAUGCAUAGGUGCCUUUGGCUCGAAUGAAUUCAUGGAAAAGAUCAAUGGAGACGCCAACGUGUUGGCCGCCGAAGUUGCUGCGAAAAUGGAAGUCCCGCACUUUGUGUACGUCUCAACCGUGGAGAAUAAUCUGCCUGAUUUUCUGCUGAAAGGGUAUUUCCACGGAAAGAGGCGUGCUGAGGAGGCGGUGUUGUCGUCCUUCCCGGGCGGGAGAGGGCUGGUCUUGCGCCCCUCCUUCGUCUACGGCACCCGGGCCGUGGGGCCUCUCUCCCUCCCCUUGGCGGUGGUGGGCCGACCCCUGGAGGUCUUGUUCCGCUUUCCGCCCUUUCCGUCCCUGCGACAGACCCUUCCCGGGACACAAGCCCUCUUAGCGCCUCCUGUAGCCGUCCAGGCGGUGGCCUCGGUGGCAGCGGCGGGGGCCAUGGGCGACGCUCGCGUCAAGGCGGGGGAAGGGACGAGGGAAGGGGUCUUGUCGGUGGACGACAUUGUGAGGGU